AUGAGUGUUACCGAAUGUUCCAACAAACGUAUAUUUAUCGCAGUAUGUGUUACUGGUCUAUUUGGAAUAGUCACAUUAGCCCUUGCUGCUGCCACUCUUGGUACACUUAAUAAACGAUUCGAUUCAAUAGUUUCGACAUCGACAACAAACAAACCUAAUCUUAAUUCAAUUUUGGCUGAAACCAUUCAAAUCGAAGAUCUUAUGACUCAUUUACGGCAAUUGCAACGCAUAGCUAAUGAGUCCAAUGGCACGCGAGCCAUUAACACACGAGGAUUUAAUGAAACUGUGAACUACAUCGAGAAAUAUUUAAACGAUCAAGGCACUGUCUUGAAAGUGAUGAGAGAAACAUUUCAAAUACGAAACUUUGCUAUAGGACCAGAUCCAAUCUUACUGUCAUUAAUCAAUGGUACAGAAAAAAAUUACACCUAUUCAUCAAAGCUUGCUAGAUCCGAUUUUACUUAUGUCAUCUAUACGACUUCAACUAACUUUUCUGAUUAUGUCCGUGUUAUCAAUAUUCCGAAUUUUGGCUGUGCAAAAAAUGAAUGGCAAAAUGCGACAGGUCUUGUUGCACUUGUUAAAGCAGGAGGUCAAUGCACAUACGCGGAGAAAGGUAUUCUUGCAGGAAAAAAUGGCGUCAUGGCUUUACUUUUCUAUAAUGAUGGCGAAACAAAUGCCAAUCUUGCUCCGAUAAGUGCACGUCUGCGUGAAACAAACAAGUUACCUGCACUUUAUCUAUCGUAUGCAGCUGGACAAGCUCUUGCCGAUGCUAGUUUGUUUACUACGGUCAUGGUCAAAAUUUCUAUUCAAUUGCAAAACUUAGGAACUUUUCCAGUGGAUAAUAUUUGUGCCGAUACUACGGACGGAGACAUAAGUAAAACGAUCGUCGUAGGAAGCCAUAGUGAUAGUGUUCCAGCUGGACCGGGUAUUAAUGACAAUGGUAGUGGAACAGCAGCUAAUCUCGUUUUGGCCGCAAAUCUAGCACGUUUAUAUCGAACAACGAACUAUACUAAAUACAAAUAUCGCGUUCGUUUCUGUUGGUGGGCUGCAGAAGAGAUUGGUUUGGCUGGUUCGAGUUAUCAUCUUCAAAAGGCUCAGAAUACAACUACGCCAGGUGAACGUCGUUCUGAUUAUUUGAUUAAUCUCAACUUUGAUAUGGCUGGCUCACCUAAUUUCAUUUUUGGGAUUUAUGAUGCAAAUACAGCACCGAGUGAGACGCCACCACAAGCAAUUCCUGGUAGUAUAAAAGUUACAGAGUUAUAUCGUGACUGGUUCAUUGGGCAAAACUUACCAUGGGACUACCGAGCUUUUAACGGACGCAGUGAUUAUGGUCCAUUUCUGGAAGCAUGUAUAGCGGCUGGUGGUGUUGCAACAGGAUCAGACGCUGUUAAAACGGCAGUACAACGUGAAAAGUAUCGCCAAUUAGUUGGAGAGAACAAUGCCGGUUUUGCAGGAGCGAUUCUUGAUCCUUGUUAUCAUCAGGCAUGUGAUACUUUAGCAAAUAUCCAUCAAUUUGGUUAUGAAAAGCUGAUUCAGGCGGCUGCGUAUGGACUCGAAUAUCUUGGCCAGCACCCGAACCUGUCAGAAUGGUUAUAUCCAAAUGCAACAAGAUGUGAACUGCGAUAA